AUCGCAACUUUUCGGUACGGCAAGUUAGUUUCCCCUCUCGGACAAACGGAUAUCAGAAUUUGGAAUAAUAUUAUGAAGUUCUCGAUUGCACUGUGCCUGCUGUUGGCCGCUGGCUGCAGCGCCCAUAUGUCCUUCAAGGACUUGGCUCUUGAACCCUUUGUGGGUCUGCAAGAGAAAGCCAUGCGCUCAUUGAUUUCAGCCCACGCUGCCAGCGAUGAUCCCAAUCUGAUUAACGCAUGCUUCGGCCAAUACAUAAUCGAUCAGCAGACCACUAUGGCCAACUACAACAAGGUCUAUAGCACGUGUGUUAACACUGCUCAGGUGGCCAAGGACAAGGUGACCGAGCAGAGCAACGCUCAGCGCAAGGAUUUGUUGAAACGCAGUGAUAACAUGUGUGAUACCCUCUCGUCCUGUGAGAAACAGAAUGAUGGUCUGAAAUUCUUCGACUGCUACAGAAAUGCGUCCGCCGACAGCUACAAAGUUAUGUUCACACUGAACAGCGAUGCUAAUACCCAAUUCAAUACAGUUAAUGCCGCGUACAGUGCCAUCGAUAGUACUAAUAAAAACUGUGUGGACGAGGCUCGUCUUGAAUAUGCCCGCGAAUUGGAGAAGUGCGAUAACGAUUUCAAUAUCUGUGUGGGCACCGAUGUCCCGACAGAUCAGCCCACUACAACUGCGAAACCAACAGAUUCUCCAGUAACAGUAACUGAUGCACCCUCUACCGAGGCACCCUCUACCGAGGCACCCUCUACUGAGGCACCCUCUACUGAGGCACCCUCUACCGAGGCACCCUCUACCGAAGCACCCUCUACCGAGGCACCAUCUACCGAGGCACCCUCUACCGAAGCACCCUCUACCGAGGCACCCUCUACUGAAGCACCCUCUACCGAAGCACCAUCUACCGAGGCACCCUCUACUGAAGCACCAUCUACCGAGGCACCCUCUACCGAAGCACCAUCUACCGAAGCACCCUCCACCGAGGCACCCUCUACCGAGGCACCCUCUACCGAGGCACCCUCUACCGAGGCACCCUCUACCGAGGCACCCUCUACCGAGGCACCCUCUACCGAGGCACCCUCUACCGAGGCACCCUCUACCGAGGCACCAUCUACCCAGGCACCCUCUACCGAGGCACCCUCUACCGAAGCACCCUCUACCGAGGCACCCUCUACCGAAGCACCCUCUACCGAUGCACCCUCUACCGAAGCACCCUCUACCGAGGCACCCUCUACCGAGGCACCCUCUACCGAGGCACCCUCUACCGAGGCACCCUCUACCGAGGCACCCGCUUCUGAAGAACCCGCUACUCGUGGACCGACUCAAGCUCCAGAGCCCACGACAGAGAAAUCUCCUGAGGAAGAUUUGAAGUUCUUGCCGUUGACUUUCAAGAGCAAAUUGCAAAAGCUCAUGAAGUUCUUUUAAGCUUUCCAAAUAUUAAGCUUCAUACAAAAAAUUAAACUUUAUCAAAUAAUUGAAUUUAAAUGUUAGAAGCCAAAAAUUAA